CUGAGGAGACUUGCUGUGGUGGAGCCACAGGGAAGGACAGAGAGCUGGCCAUUCCUCCUGAAGACACUGAGAAGGAAAGAUGGCCCAAGGGCUGUGUCUGCUGUGUGCACUGUGGCUUCUGGGACCUGCUGUCCCUGCAGCCUGGGCCUUGAACCUGGACGCAGCCCGGCUCACCUUCUACUCAGGCCCCAACGGCAGCCACUUUGGGUUCUCAGUGGACAUCCACAAGGACAGCCUCGGGAGUGUCGCCGUUGUGGUGGGCGCUCCGAGGACCAGGGCCCGCGGCCAAGAGGAGACAGGCGCUGUAUUCCUGUGCCCCUGGAGCGCGGCCGGUGGCUCCUGCUCCCCGCUGGUCUUCGACCUCCAGGACGAAACACGAAACGCGAGCUCCCAGACCUUCCAGGUCUUCAAGGAGAAGCAAGGCCUCGGGGCAUCGGUCGCCAGCUGGAACGACACCAUCGUGGCCUGCGCACCCUGGCAGCACUGGAACGUCCUGGAAAAGACCCAGGAAGCCGAGAAGACUCCCGUUGGCGGUUGCUUCUUGGCCCAGCUCCGGAGCAGCGGACGCAAAGAAUACUCACCAUGCCGAGCCAACACAAUGAGCCGAGUGUAUAAGGACCGGCACUUCAGCGAAGACAAGCGAUACUGCGAAGCGGGCUUCAGCUCGGUGGUCACCCAGGAUGGUGAGCUAGUGUUGGGGGCCCCUGGCGGCUACUUUUUCUUAGGUCUCCUGGCCCGGGCCCGGAUCGCCGACAUCGUCUCGAGCUACCGGCCCGCCACCCUCCUGUGGAACGUGCCCAGGCAGCGCUUCACCUUUGACUCCAGCGACCCCGAGCUCUACGACAGCUACCGGGGAUAUGCCGUGGCGGCGGGGGAGUUCAACGGGGACCCGAGAACUCCAGAGUACGUGGUUGGUGCCCCCACCUGGAGCUGGACGCUGGGAGCGGUGGAGAUCCUGGAUUCCCACCACCAGAUGCUGUGCCGCCUGCAUGGGGAGCAGAUGGCUUCCUACUUUGGGCACUCUGUGGCCGUCACUGACGUCAAUGGGGAUGGCAGGCACGACCUCCUGGUGGGUGCCCCACUGUUCAUGGACAGCUGGGCUGACCGCAAGCUGGCUGAGGUGGGGCGCGUGUACCUCUUCCUGCAGCCCCCCACCCCCCACAUGCUGGGCACCCCCAGCCUCCUGCUGACCGGCACACAGCUCUAUGGGCGGUUUGGCUCAGCCAUCGCACCCCUGGGCGACCUCAACCUGGAUGGAUACAAUGAUGUCGCAGUGGCCGCCCCCUAUGGGGGCUCCAGAGGCCGGGGCCAGGUGCUGCUGUUCCUGGGCCAGAGCGAAGGGCUGGGUGCCCGGCCGUCCCAAGUUCUGGACAGCCCCCUCCAUGCGGGCUCUGGCUUCGGCUUCUCCCUGCGAGGUGCCAAAGACAUCGAUGACAACGGGUACCCAGACCUGGUGGUGGGAGCCUACGGGGCCGGCAAGGUGGUCGUGUACAGAGCCCAGCCAGUGGUGAUGGCCACCGUCCAGCUGCUGGUGAAGGACGCGCUGAACCCUGCGGAGAAGAGAUGCACCCUGCCCCAGAGCAGCACACCAGUCAGCUGCUUCAGCAUCCAGAUGUGUGUGGGGGCCACCGGACACAACAUUCCACAGAAACUGCGGCUAAACGCUGAGCUGCAGCUGGACCGGCAGAAGCCCCGCCAGGGCCGCCGGGCACUGCUCCUGGACUCCCAGCAGGCAGGCACCACCCUGAGCCUGGACCUGGGUGGGAGGCACAGCCCUGUCUGCCACAGGGCCACCGCCUUCCUGAGAGAUGAGGCUGAGUUCCGGGACAAGCUGAGCCCCAUUGUGCUCAGCCUCAAUGUGUCACUGCCACCCAUGGAGGCCCCUGAUCUGGUGCUGCACGGGGACACACAUGUCCAGGAGCAGACCCGUAUCAUCCUGGACUGCGGAGAGGACGACCUGUGUGUGCCCCUGCUGCGGCUCAACGCCUCUGCGGCGGGCGCUCCCCUGCUCAUUGGGGCAGAGAACCUGCUGGAAGUGCGCGUGGCCGCGGCCAACGAGGGCGAGGGGGCCUACGAGGCGGAGCUGGCAGUGCAGCUGCCCCCAGGCGCCCACUACGUGCGGGCGCUGAGCGACGUGCCGGGCCUGGAGAGGCUGAUCUGCAACCAGAAGAAGGAGAACGAGAGCAGGGUGGUGCUGUGUGAGCUGGGCAAUCCCAUGGGGAAGGACACCCGGAUAGGGAUCACGAUGUGGGUGAGCGUGGGGGACCUGGAGCAGGCCGGCCAGGUCAUGUCCUUCCAGCUGCAGGUCCGGAGCAAGAACAGCCAGAACCCAAACAGCCAGGCUGUGUUGCUGCAGGUGCCAGUGCGUGCAGAAGCCAGGGUGGAGCUUCGGGGGAGCUCCUUUCCGGCCUCCCUGGUGGUGUCAGCUGAAGGUGACAAGGAACAGAGUGGCUUGGACAGCUCAGCCCCCAGAGUGGAGCACACCUAUGAGCUCCACAACAAAGGCCCUGGAACGGUGCAUGGCCUGCGACUCGACGUGCACCUGCCCGGGCAGUCUCAGGCCUCUGAUCUGCUCUAUAUCCUGGACGUGCAACCCCAGAGGGGCCUACAGUGUUUCCCAGAGCCCUCGCCCAACCCCCUCAAGCUCAACGGGAGGCCACCCUCGGCUAGCACAGCUCAAUUCCAGUCCCAUCACCAGCGGGAGCGCAGGCAGGCCGGGCCGGGGCAGUCUGUGCUGGUGAGCUGCGACUCAGCGCCCUGCACGGUGGUGCAGUGUGAGCUGCAGGAGAUGGUGCGCGGGCAGCGGGCCAUGGUCACUGUGCUGGUCAUGCUGAGGCUGCAAGGCCUCCGCCAGGGCCCGCUAGAGCAGACCGUGCUGCAGUCGCGCGCUUGGUUCAACGUCUCCUCGCUCCCGUAUGCGGUUCCGGCACUCAGCCUCGCGAGCGGAGAGGCCGUGGUGCAGACGCAGCUGCUGCGCGCCCUGGAGGAGCGUGCUGUGCCCUUCUGGUGGGUGCUGGUGGGCGCGCUGGGCGGCCUGCUGCUGCUCACGCUGCUGGUGCUGGCCAUGUGGAAGGUGAGGCCGAGGCGGGCGGGUCCUGCCUCGCCCUGGGGUCCUCGGGCCACCCGUCCCUGCCUGCCGGGGGGCAGCGGGCCCAAUUUGCCGCGGCCGCGUGCGUCCUUAGACGUGUCAAGAACAAACGUCAAGGCUUAAGGAGCGGGCAGGGAAAAGGUUCUGCCCAGCCCCUUGUCACAACAGUCGCCCUGGGCCGGGACACGCCACGCGGCCUCAGUCCCCAUCUGGAACCCACUAAGGCUCGGGUCCGGGCUCGUCCCGAUCCUGACCCUGGCCCUGUGCAACAGGUGGGCUUCUUCAAACGGACCCGGCCCCGCCUGGACGAAGGCGAAGAAGAGGAGUGAAGAGUUCCUCUCUGCUCCCUCACCGAGCCGUCCUU